GUCUAAAGAAUUUAGUGACUUCUUGGCAACAUGCUUAGUGAAAGAUCCUCAACAGAGACCAAAUGCUGAGGACCUACUUAAGCACUCGUUUCUAGCAACUGCACUCGACAAAAAACCUGUGAUAGAACUCAUCAGUGAAUACAAGGCUGAAGUUUUUGAAGAAGUUACAGAAGAGUCUGAUGACUUAAAUGAUCUCAGGCUGAAGAAGGUGGCAUGUAAGAAACUCCUACAAGGUUCCCCUGUUAAGUCUGGGUGUAGUGGCAGAGUAAGCCAUCAGGGCAGAAAGUACCUGCAGGUAUCUUCAAGGGCUAGUCUGUUUAGAGAAUCUCAGAUUAGUGUAGACAGUGAAGCCAGUGAAUUAAUCCCUACAGUUGUAGAGGCAGAGGAAGAAUCAAGAGAGACAACAAUUUUACAGACAAUUAAAGAUGGAGAAGAAAAGGUUGAAGUGCAAAAGCCAAGAGUUGAAGAACCUCAAGACACAAAAGCCUCCGAAGAUGAACUUAGUACAAAUGUUGCAAAUGCUACAAUUGAAAGCAAAGUCUUUAAUGAUAAGGUUGAGACAGGUGUUUGUAGAACAGACCAGCAGUUAGAAUUAAAAACUGUUCACGAGCCAAUUGAUGUACCAUCACAAUUUCCAAAAGACCAAAAGACCACAGGUGAAGAAUACCAUCUGCCAGAAACUAGAGAUGAAGUCUUAGAAGUAAGAAUAAACAAACAGUCUGAGAAAAAUGAUGAUAUGCUAGAAGAAGAAGAUCAACAAGUAGAGAGAAAGGUGGAUAAUAAAAACCAACUUGAAUCUCAAGAGCAGUUUGUAGUAGUAUCUAGCAGUGGAGAUGCUACAGAAAAUGUUAUUGUCACCACUGCAACUUCAGAAGUUAGUGACUCUACUCCUGAUGAACCUACAUCUACAAGUCAGAUUAAGGGAGGAGAAGUGGUCAUAGUAUCCAGUACAUCAAUAUGUGAAGAUAAGCCCAGUGGUGAGUCAGAAGAUGUGGAUGAAGAGAACAGAGAAUAUGAAGAACCCAAUACAGCAGAAGCAGUUAACCUACUGAUUGAUGAAGCUAUCAGAGAGCAAGAAGAGAAUGAAGACAGCAAGAAAAGUCCUGAUGUUACGUGGAAGCCAGUCUCUCAUGAAGUUACAGUUUCAUCUAGCCACAGUAUCGUAGAAGUAAAUGAAGAGGUUGAUCAUCGGCCUAUUGAUAGUCCAGAGUCCUUCGAUAAAAGUCACGUCUCCAUAGUUACAGUUGGAGAGAAUGAGCAAGUGAAGGAUUCUUCUUUAACACUUGAAGGUUCCACCAUUGAGUCUACAGAUGUGGACAACUUAGAUUUCCAAGUAGGGGAUGCAGAUACACAAGAACAGCAAAAACUGAAAUCAGGGAAGAAUGACGAUAAUGUAGUAGUGAUUCAGCAAGAUGCCUCCGAAUCCAAGGAUUUAACCACUGAAAACAGAAAUGAAGUUGUAGUCAUUAACAGUUCCAUUAGUGAACAGUUAUCUGAUGAACAGUCAAUAGAAUUCGAUGAAUUGAAACUUGAUGAAAAACUUGAAGAAACUAAUAAAACAGAGGACAGUAGUGGAGUGUUUGAUGAUGACACAAGUAAUGAUAAAAGUUCUGUUAAAACUUCUUCAUCAAGUGCCUCAUCUGAAGACAAACCUAAAAUUAAAGUGAAUCUCAAUUUAAAGAAGGGUUCCUCCUCAUUGCCAUCACCUCCUGUAUCCCCAGGUUCUAUAGAAACUGAACGAAAAUUACCAGCAAGUGCUCCUAGCACUGCUCCCUCAACACCUGCUGAAAAUGAAGGUUUAACACGUCGUUCAAUCUCCGUGACAACAAACUCUACUUCCUUGUCUCACAAAAAGGAAAUAUCAGACACAGAAAGUGUAUCUACAUUAGGUAGUACAGGAAGCAGAGAAAGUAGUGACAAAGAAAAGGAAGAAAACCAAGUUGUGUUGAGGAAACGGAAAGAGCAGGAACAGCAUAGUAAUGUCCCAAACAUAGUAAGGAAGGUUAAUAACACAGCCAGCAAUGCUACCUCUGCCCAACGGAAGACACUAAAACGUACCAGGAAGUUUGUAAUUGAUGGAGUAGUAGUGACUACCACUCAAAGUAAAGUUAUUUAUGGUGAUGAAGAUAACAAAAUCAAAGAUGACCAUUUUCUAAGAAAACAAGAGAUGAGAGAAUUGAAAAUGCUACAAAAACAAGAAACUAAACAGUUCCAAGACUUAGCAAUGAAGGCACAGUUCACUCGAGAACAACAGGAAAAAAGAUUUGAACAGGAAAUGGCUAACCUACUAAGGAAUUAUGACACUGACCUGGAAGCCCUCAAUAGGCAGCAGAAACAGAUGGUAGAAAGAGCAGAGCAGCAGCAAGAAACGGAUCUCAAGGUAGCAUCGAAAAAAAUCAGGAGUGAACAGGAGCGAGAGUUGAAGGCAUUUAGGGACAGCAUGAAGAGUGAAUCAAAGUUAUUGAAACAGGAAGUGGAACUACUACCAAAAGACAAACGAAAGGAUGUCUUUAGGGUUAGAAAAGAAAAACUUGAUCAGGAACAUUCAGAAAGGGAGAGGGCAUUUUUAGAAAGGUUAAAUGAUAACCAUGAGAUAUCAAUGAAGCGGUUAGGAGAUACCCACAGAGAGAAAAUAGCCCUGUUAGAAAGACAGUUUCUGCAGCAGAAACAGCAGUUGCUCAGAGCUCGAGAAGCUGCUGUUUGGGAGUUGGAAGAACGCCACCUACAUGAAAAACACCAGUUAGCCAAAAGACAACUUAAAGAUAUCUUCUUUCUUCAAAGGCAUCAAAUGCUGAUUCGUCACGAGAAGGAAUUAGAACAGAUCAAAAGAAUGAAUUCUCACAAAGAAGAUGAACUUUUAAAAAGACAGGCUGUAGAAAAGAAGCAGUUACCUAAGCGUAUUCGAACAGAAAUGAAGACCAGAGAACUGAUGUUCAGAGAGAGCUUACGAAUAAGCAUGGUUUCUCAUUCUGAUUCUCCUAAUGGAGAAAGAAACAAAAUACGCAAGUUCCAAGAGGGAGAAAAGAAGCGAUACAAGGCAGAGCAGGAACGUCAAGAGCUCAAACACAAGAGGCAGUUUGAGGAACUAAGAGCAUCGUGUGAGUCUGCCAUUAAAGAACUAGAGCAACUUCAGAACGAGAAAAGAAAGAUGCUAAUGGAACAUGAGACCGCUAAACUGAAACAGUUGGAAGAAGAACACACUGUUGAGUUGAAAGAUUGGAAAAACAAUCUGAAACCUCGUAAACAGAAACUUGAAGAAGAUUUCAUCAAACAACAAGAAGAACAGGAAAAGUUCUAUGGGUCUGUCACCUUCCUAAAUGAGUAUAUGGAUAACAAAGAGUGCACCGUGUCUCGUAGUUAUAGUACUUCAGGACUGGAGCCUGUAUUUACACCAGUAUUUCAGUAGAUUACUGAUACACCUAAUCUCUUGAAACUGGUCAAAUGCAACUAAGACCUCUAUAUUGGGUAAUGAAGUAUUGAAGUG